AUGAAGAGCAGCCUCUGCCCCGAAUUCCGCCUCCGCGCAGUGCGCAAGUUGGUGCGCGUUUCGGGCCCCACUGCGAGUACAGCACAUCGAGCCCAACGUGCACUCACCUGCUGCUCCACUCGACUCUCCGCAGGUUUGGCCUUCCAGCCAGCCUCCGCGAAUUCCCUGCUCCCACCGCCCUCGAAGCUGCACGGCCGCUACUUCUUUCGCUUCACGUUCGCCUUCUUGGUCUGCCUCGGCGAGCCCGAAGGCUUUCUCACGACAGCGGCCUUCAUUGCCUUCCGUGCCGUCUUCUUGGAUGGCGCCUUGCUCUGCGUCAGCAAAUGGUUGACCAGCUCGACCCAAGACUUUACCUCGCGCGUCUUCGGCAAGUCUACCAAGAGCUUCAGAUUCUGCGACCACUCCUUCUGA